GUUGAAAAGGAAGUAAUAUCAUUCAAUACAAUGAUUUAUGCAUAAUUUUACAUGUAAUUUUAAUUAAUACAAAGUACGAAGUAACAAUUUAGAAAAUAUAUGAAGUACUACUUAUUUAUUUCAAGACCUUAGAUGGCUUAUUUAGUUAUGUACUUUUAAUGAAAUCCUGUUAACAUCAAUGAAAAAUGAACCUCAAACUAUUAAAAAAAAAUAAUAAAAAAAAGGAAGAGCAAAAAGGAAAAAGUCUAUGGAUAAAUAUAAAUUCAAUGGAUUAAUAAAUGCAAACUAUGAGUCAAUAAAAUGCUACAAAUAAAUAAUUGAAUUGGUUAUCUCUUAAAUAAUCAAAUUCCUCUUUAAAUUAUUGCAUAAGUCAUUUAUAUUAUUCUUUAAGCCGCGUACAACGGUUAACUGUCUGAUACAUUUGCAUGCUUGGCAGUCCUAUAUAAAGGGUGUCAAUUGCCGCAAAGAAAAUACAAUCAAACCAUCUACAUACAAAAACCUUCAUCUUCAUUACCUCAUUUUUCCACCAUCUGUAGUAUCACAUAUUUCUAGCUUCUAACAAAAUGAGAAAUCUUUCGUUUUUCUUUGUUUCCUGUCUCCUAUCCUCCUUGUCACAUGCUAUAGAACUCGACUUUUGUGUCGGAGAUCUUAGUCUUCCUAGAGGACCUGAAGGAUAUGCUUGCAAAGAUCCUGCUAAAGUCACAACUGAUGAUUUUGUUUACACGGGUUUCCGUGGUGAAAAAACUCCGAACAAUGUUUUUGGGAACAAUGUGACAUUAGCAUUUUCAGAUGUGUUCCCAGCCUUCAAUGGUUUAGGCAUAUCUAUGGCCAGAUUAGACUUUGCCAUAGGAGGAGUUAUCCCAGUACACUCCCAUCGUACGUCAGAAGUUCUUCUUUUGGUAAAAGGUUCAAUUAUUGCUGGAUUUAUUGACACCAACAACACCGCAUACUAUAAAAGAUUAGAGGUUGGUGAUGUGAUGGUAUUUCCACAAGCCAUGCUUCACUUCCAAAUCAACGUUGGCAAAACUCCGGCUACUGCCUUCGUUAGUUUGAAUAGUGCAAACCCAGCAUUACAACUCACUCCUACAUCCUUAUUUGCUGGCAAUUUACCUGCUGACAUAGCCCAGAAAAUUACACUCUUGAGUCAUAAAGAGGUAAUGCGAAUGAAGCGAAUAUUCGGCACAGCAUAAUAUCCUUCCUAAGCUAAUCUUAUAUUCUAAGCUACCGAUUUAUCUCAAUGUCCAACUUAUUUAUUUCUUAAUAGUAUGAAAAUAAAGGGUAUAUGAAUGCCCAUUGUAUUACUUGGCUACUUGCAGCGUAUCACUCUCACAUGUUACGUAACGAAUUGUUGAUUUUCAUGAUUGUAUACUUCUUAUAAUCUCAUAAUCAAUAAAAAUUCAUUUAUCUUUUUGUUA